UCCAAGCGGUUUCCGGAUGGCCAUAUAAGUUUAUCUUUAGGGGGCUGCCAUGGAAAUCUUCGAAGAAGCGAGCGUUGUUCGACUACGUAGCCACCACCAGAAAUACUUGCUCGCCGACGACGACGAGGAAACCGUCUUCCAAGAGCGAGACGGAACGGGGCAGAACGCAAGAUGGACGGUUGAAUUAUUGGACUAUAACACGACACACGUUCGUCUCAAGAGUUGCUUCGGCAAAUACUUGACGGCUUCCAACAUGCCUUUCCUGUUAGGUAUGAUGGGGAAGAAGGUGCUGCAGACGUUGCCGAAGCGAUUGGAUUCGUCGGUCGAGUGGGAACCGAUCCACGAGGGUACGUUGAUUCGCCUCAAGACUCGUUACGGCCUUUAUCUACGGGCAAAUGGAGGGUUGCCUCCGUGGAGGAACCAGGUCACGCAUGAUAAUCCUUACAGGACCAAGCAUCAAGAUUGGACAUUUUGGCACGUCGAUGUGUUGCGUUUUCGUCGAGACGACGAAAUCUCGGCUCGUCCUCCUCCGCCUCCUCCCGGUCAAGUACUUGUUAAUGAAUCACCUACACAAAUUUCACCUAGACUUGAGGUUUGA